AUGCACCAGGUCACUACUAAAAUUAAUAGUGUCCAAGCGCUUAUGCAUUUACUUAAGGCAUAUGUUGGAACCGGUAUAUUGGCUAUGCCUUUAGCAUUUAGCCACUCGGGUUUUGUGAUCGGCAUAAUUGGUACGACAAUUAUCGGCAUUUUAUGUAACAGUUGUAUACAUAUGUUACUCGAAAUAAAUGUCACUCUAUGUCGUCAACUAAAAUGCGAACCAAUGGACUAUGAAAAAAUCAUGCCACUUUACAGUGCUAUGAAAAAUAAGCAUAACUUUGGCAAAACAUUGGGUGUCGUAAAUAUAUCAAUAGGUUUUGUAAUAUGUCUGUAUAUAUUAGUAGGUUUGGCCGGUUAUAUAAAAUAUGGUGACCAAGUGACCAGUGUUAUUACAUUAUCACUGCCAAAUGAACCACUUUACAAUAGUGUUUUAAUAAUGUAUACGUUUGCUAUUGUUAUAUCCUAUUCAGUACAAAUGCAUGUUGUCAUUGAACAGUUAUGGCCACGAUUAGAGUCAAUGCUCCUGGAUCAUUUUCAAAUUCGACAAUUGUUUAUACAAAUAAUCAAUUAUGUAUUUCGCGCUUUACUAGUAAUUCUAACAUUUGCACUUGCUGCAUUUAUACCAAGAUUAGAUCUAAUUAUAGCAUUAGUUGGUGCCAUUUCAUGCAGUUCAAUUGCCAUAAUAAUACCGCCAAUAUUGCAUACUAUCUAUUGUUCGACUAUAAAAAUGAAUGGCACAAAAAGAGUGUUUAUUUAUUUAAGAAAUUUAAUUAUAUUUAUCAUUGGUUUACUUGGUUUUAUUACCGGAGCAUAUUUUAGUAUAAAAGACAUA